ACUGAUUUCCUUUUGAAUAAUGAGCACUGGAGAAACUGGCUCACACGAAGCAGGUAUUGGGAGCCUUCCUCUGUUAAUAACUGGCAGAACUCCCUUCAUCACCUUACCACUGCAGUUGUUUCAUGCCCUACUCAUUUUCCCCAUAACAGCCUUCCUGGGGCUAGCUGCUGGCUGGUGGGCAAAACAAUUUCAGAAACAUAAGUGACACUAUAUAUCCUGCAUAUAAAUGCACACAUUAUAGAAACUAUAUUGAUUUUUCAACUUCCUUCUACCCCUCAGUCUCAUGCAUUUUUCUCCAGAUGGCCUGGCAGCUUUUAGGAAGUUUUUGAAGUCAGAGUUCAGUGAGGAGAAUGUAGAGUUCUGGCUGGCUUGUGAGGACUUCAAAAAAACCAAGUCUUCCACCAAGAUCGCAGCCAAAGCCCAAAAGAUUUAUGCUGACUUUAUCGAAGCUGAUGCUCCAAAGGAGAUUAAUAUUGACUUCCAUACAAGAAAUCACAUCUCUCAGAACAUCUCAGAACCCACCCUCAGUUGUUUUGAUGAUGCCCAGAGGUUAAUCUAUAGUCUCAUGGCAAAAGACUCUUUUCCCAGGUUUCUAAGGUCAAAAGAGUAUAAGGAACUAGCAAAGAAGCAAGACAACAGAAAUGACAAAAGGUGGCUCCCAUUUUUGUGAGAAGGUAAAAGCUAGACCCCUGAGUGGUUAUGAAUUUGUAGAUGCCUCCUGUUACAACUCAGGAUAGGUAAUAUUUUAUUAAAGUGAAACAAAACAGAACUCUUAACUGGCUUGUUUUUAAUGUAUGUGUGGUUGCUUCUGCUAAAGCUGGUGGAGAAGUAUUCUAGAAACAGAAUGGAAUACGCUAAGACAGUUGAGUUUUUUUAGUAAAAAUUUUGCAAUCUAUAAUUUUUUUCCAAUAGUUUCUUCAUUUGUUGCAGUGAUUUUGCAUUUUAUAAGUGAAAUGUUCUGUGGUCUACCAUCAGUUUUUUGUUAGAAGUACGGACUCAAUAAAUUCCUUUCAUGGACUUGAAUACACUUAUUCCCUUUCAUCUACUUAUUUGUAAAGAAAAAAAAAAUUCAAAACCUCUUUUAAACAUGUUCUACACUACUUAAAAUAGAAGAAGAAAUGUGGUAGAUGCCAUGCUGUGAAUGACAAUGAAUUAAAGACUUACUUAAUAAAAAGCU